AACUGUGUGGUGGUUAGGUUUAGGUUUCCUUCCAGUGCAGUGGGCUGGGUGCUAGCAGCCAUCACUCCCGACUUCAUGACCACACAUCGUCUCACAGAGGUGUCUGUGGAUGGCCGUCAACUUUCCCAUGUACAGGCCCCCCAAUAUCAACUGAAUGAUGAACUGAUUGCUGCCAGUAAGUCGGGAGAUGUGAUAAAAGCUGCAUCAUUUCUCAACAGUGGAGCUGAUAUCGAAGCUAAGGGGAAGUCAGCCACUUCUCUGAACCAUGCAAGUCAGCAUGGUAACGUCCAAGUGGUUCGUCUCCUGAUAUCAAGAGGAGCCAGCCUGCAG